UAAUACCCCCCCACUCUUUUCUCUUCGCAGCAACCAUAAGCUUAAUAAUAAUAAGUCUAGUUCCCGAAGUGGCAACAGUUUCAGACGGAGCGGAGAUGUUAUUCGGUCUCGUUUUAAUUCGAUACGUAACGUUCGGGAAAUCGGCUACUAUAUAUGUACCAACCUUUCAAGAUUGAAAGAUAGAUAUAUGUUAAUCCUUUCCUCGUUCAAUGUCCUUGGCUGAUCUUCUUCGAAGACAGAAGUUGACGGAACGGAGGACAACUACAUUACAUAUAUGACGUAUCACGUAUUUACUUACUUACUUAUUUACUUACUUUGUCAGUUAUUUAAGUACGUAUGGAUUUAGUUUUGUUGAAUGUUAAAUCGAUACGUUUCAAAUAGUAAACGUUCGUAAUGUUUUUUGAAAAAAAGAACUCGUUCUAUUGGGAAUUAAAUGUGAUAAAUAAAAAUAGCCCAUCGCAAAUCUCUUGACAACGUUACGACAACGUAUUUUCCCAUUUAUUCUCUCUGACUAAUUAUUUACUCAUCACAGAUACAUCAGUGACUAAAUGUCAGUUGCUCUCGAAUCAUCCUUCCGAUGCUUCUGUUUAACUGGUCGCGCGAAAGUAAAAAGUGAAAGUAAAAUAAAAAAUUAUUUUAUUUCUGUGAAAGACUAAAAGUAUCACGAAGGUGAACGUGAGUCUGCAAUAAUGAAUCUCCGGCCUAUUUUUUACCAUAUUUUACUUUACGCUGUGAUUUUUGCAUUUGAUAAAUGUGAUGUCGUUUAUGCCGAAAAACUGAAAAUAUGCGUCGUUGAAAAUGUCAAUACAAACAAAACGAUAAACAAAAUCCUUCCAAAUAUGAAAAUAUCCCCGUUUCAAUACGUCAUUGCUAAUGACAGGUUUGAUUGUUUACGACAAUUAACAACUGGCACGGCCGAUAUAACAUUAUUGCAAGCGGAAGAUCUUUUAGCGGCGUCAAUGUACAACAAGUAUAGUUUUCUAGUCACCCAUGAAUUAAGACUCUUUUCUGAGGAUAAACAACAAUUCGAAAUGGUAGCGUUAGUACGACGAAAUAUUAAUAACAUGUGGGAUGCCAAAGAGAAAAGAUUUUGUCAUCCUGGAUUUGAAACUACUGACACUUAUACCAAAGCUCUUUCGAUGUAUUUCGAAAAUUGGAUUAUACCUAAAGAGUGUGAUCCAGAGAAGACAUUGUUAGAAAAUAGAGUGGCACGGUUAUCUAAUUAUUUCGAGGCAGGUUGCAUAGCUGGUCCAUGGAUCGCCGAUGCUACAUUUGAUACACAAUUAAAAUCAAAGUACAAAAAUCUUUGUUCGCUUUGCGACAAUUCAGCCAGUUGUUAUAUCGGUGAUAAAUAUUAUGGACGUGAGGGUGCCAUAUUGUGUUUGACCGAUAAUGUUGGUGACAUCGCAUGGGUUAGAUUGGACGAUGUUCUUCAAUAUUUCAAGAAUGUCGAAACCAACAAGGAAGAUUAUGCGUAUCUUUGUCCCGAUGGUAUGACGAGAUCAGCAAAAACUGAUAAUCCAUGUAUUUGGUUGAGACAACCUUGGCCCGUUAUCGUCGCUAGAAGUAAAAUAGCAGAGAUAGCCGUUAAUAUAAUCGAUUUAACAAUCAAAUCGAAGAACAUAUGGAAGAAUACACUUCAAGGUUUUUUAGCACCUUAUCACUCGACAUUCGUUAAAACGGAACCUUUGGAAUCACCGACAGAUUAUUUGCAACGAUAUCCUGGUUUCUUGAGUGCCAAUAAUCGUGCGACAUGUCAACCUACCAGACGUGUACGUUGGUGCGUUUCCACAAAUAUAGAAGAUCAGAAGUGUCGAUGGUUAAGAGAAGCAUCCUUUAUAUAUGGUAUCGAACCCAUUAUAUCAUGCAUUCAGGAAUCCAGUAGAAGUUCUUGUCUCGAAGCAAUUAGAGAUCAACGUGCUGAUAUAUUCGUGAGCAAACCCGAGGAACGUCUCGAAUACCUAGAUCAUUGUUUUAGAAUGGGAUUGAAACCUAUAUUGCAAGUAACAUCAAAUAAAAAGAAGGAUUACAAUAGAAUCGUGGCAAUCGUUAAAAGUAAUUCCUCAUUUAAAAGUUUUAAGGAUUUGAAAGGAGCUAAAGCCUGUUUUACAGGAUAUGAAAGUAUAGGUUGGAAUUCAUUCGUAACAAUAAUGACAAACAUAUCGAAGGAUAAUUGGGAUUGUUCGAGUAUUAAAGCUGUUGGAAAUUUUUUUGGUGAUAGUUGUGUACCUGGAAUAUCAUCUAUUAAAAAUAUAGAUGUUCCACAUAAUUUGUAUUCCUUGUGUACAACAAAUGUGAAUGUUGAUGACGAUAUUAAUACGUUAUCUUGUCUAACAUCUGAUCGUGCCGACGUCGUUUUCGUAAAUUUAAAAAAUAUACAAAAAGAGAUCAAUAUAUCAAAUACAGUAUCGUCAAAUUUAGCAAACGGAAAGUAUAAAAUUUUGUGUAUAAAAGAAACAGAAACGGGGAAAGAAGAAGAAGAAAUGUGUUCAUUAACAUGGACUACACUUGGCGCGAUAGUAGCGCAUAAAAAUAUUACCGAUUUGAGACAUAAUGAUAUUUAUUCGACGUUACUUAGUAUGGAUCAAUUAUUUGGAUCAAGUGUGAGGGGAUAUACCAAAGCUUUCUCUUUAUACGGAACAUACGAUAAUCAUAAAAACGUUAUCUUUCCAAUAUCUCGCACAUGCAAUCGAGCGGACGAUUUAGAUCUGUUAUCUCUUCAAGAAAUUUAUCGCACUUAUUACAUCCAUAAUAAAUGUAACCAUUUCGACAACAGGCCCAUGGAAAAUCUAAAGACUUAAAUGAGACCGAUGGUUCCCCUUUGUUAUUUAACGCUAUGACUCCUAUUUCUGAUUCACCUGUUUCUCUUUGAAACUUUUCCAAUUCGUCAUUUAUUUCUAACAUCAUCGUGGUCUUCGAAUUAAAUCUUUUAACGAUCUUACGUGCCGGUGCAUAACGAUAUAACGUUUUAUCAUUACCCGAAAGUGAACAACAACCGUUUUCAUCAGCGUAAAUUCCACAACCAAUAACGGUACCGAUCGCACUAAUGCUUCCCAUCGUUUUUAUGGUUUCUUCCAUCGUUGAAAUUCCACUUGACAAACGUUUCUUUCGAUCGUAAGCAACCGCACCCACCGUGUGAGCCUUUUUAUUUUUUUUUUUUAUUUUUUUUUUUUUUUGUAAU